AUGAUUACGGAUAGCGACCCAGUGUUGGCUCGUAUUGCGCGUACUUUUGAUAACUUAAAGAACACAGUUAAAAACAAACAUUCAUGUGAACGACUUCAAAAUUUGAAGAAAGACAUCCAAUACUUGCAAAGCGAACUCAAUAUCUUGGGCAAAGAAAAUCAGGAUAUGUUCAUUAGAUCCUUAGCGAUGGAGGGCUACCUAGCAUUAUUAACUGCAAAAACGAUGCCGAUAUCGUUAAUAGAGAAGCGGAACAUAUUACAAACUGUCUUCGACAAAAUUAAACCGUAUGCAUUUCGGGAGGAGUGUCUUUUUGUACUGCUCAGAAUCCAAAAUCUACUGUGUUAUUAUCUCAUACAGUUGGAUCAAACGUCUUCCGCGAGAGACAUCCUGGAAGGCAUAGAAGAGCUGUACGAAAAAAUUAACGACUCUAAACCCGAUAAGUUUUUGGAUGCCGAAGAUCUAUUCUCCAUUGAAGAUAUAAACACCGUUAGACGGAUAAGCCCCGAGAAAAUCGACAAAGUUAUAACUAAUAAUAUUCAAAUGCAAGCAUUUCUAUACAAUAAACUUAAUUUGCCCGACAAGUACACGCUUUACAACCAUACGGCACUUCGACGGCAAUUGGAAAUGAAAGAGGGCACUCCUCAAGAUUGGGCCCUUAGAGCUGCUAGGCUUGGAAAUUUUUUCACCUACCUAAAUCAACUAGGCCACGCCAGACACCAUUUAUGCGCCGCCUAUCAUGUUCUACGUACUUGCCAUGAUAACUGUAAAUUGAUGCCAGAAGAAUUUGUUCUCCAAAAAGCAGACUUUGAAAUUCACUUUCUUGAAUUGAGUCACCAUUGGGUUAAAUAUGGUUUGGCACUGUUUAAGUUGUCGCGAAAGAAUAUCUUAAACAAAUUCUUUACGCAACCGUCGUCUAAAGCUGAUCUUUGGAAAUCCAUGAAUAUUUUCGAUGAGCACGACGAAACGAAAGUUCCCGAUGAAAAUCUUAAGGACUUGGGGGCAGAGAAAAAUGGCAAUGGAGAUUGUUCCUCUGACAAUGUUUUUAAUUUUCCGUCUUUGGAGCUAAAAGAUACUGAGUGCAGAGUUCCGUUAGAAACGAUUAAAACACCUGAAGACGCGCGAAAACUUUUUGCAUUCACCCAUAAGUGGUUAAUGAGAGCCAAACAUUAUUACGACUUCGAGCAACAUUCUGCUCAAUACAUAUCGUGUUCUCUUCAGCUGGCUGAACUUUAUGAGCAUCUCGCAUUCUUUGAGAGAAACAUCGACAACCAGUACAGUAUUCAAAAAAGGAGGUCUGACGUUUUGGAGGCUUUAAAUUCUUUAUUAAAAACUUGUGACAAUGCAAUGUCAGUUCAAAUUGACGUGAUCAGAGAAUUAUCACAAGUACAAUUAGAAUUAAUGGCCUUGAACCUGCAGAAGCUCUGGCGUGAGGAGUCUCAAACGAACAUCAUAAAUUUGAAUACAGAUGCCGACUCGAUUAUCAAUUCUUUAGAUUCGGAUUCAAAUAAAACGCUGACUGAGAGAACGCUGAAUACCAGUUGCAAAAAUGUCUUUUUACGGAAAAUGGAAGCUGCUACUUCUCUUAACGGUCGUCUGUUUAGAUUGAGCGGUCAACUUAACGUGAACACCCCCUCUGAAUUGAGCCUCGCAAUGGAUCUGAGAAAUUAA